AUGAAGGCUGCCUUAGAUCUCAGCACCCUAAGAUGGUUUUAUUAUCUGAGUUUCUUAAUCAAUUAUGGACUUAACUUUUGCCAGGCGGUGCCAAUCGUCGGAGGUCGGAUUGUAUCAACCGUGGGCAGCACCAGUAAAUAUCCGUUUAUGGUCUCGUUGCAAGAUGUUAUAAAGGGAAAUACCACGAAUAGAGUUUCUUAUCGACACUUUUGCGGUGGCAGUUUGAUAAGCGAUCGUUGGAUCCUGACUGCAGCUCAUUGCGUUUGGAGAAAAAAUAUUCACAGCAUUGCUGCCUUCAUUGGCUAUGAGAAUAUUGAAAACAUCGAGCAGCUGGAGCCAUAUGGUCUGGAAAGCGCCGAGUAUAUUUACUUCCAACCCUCAAACUUUCGUAAUGAUAUAGCGUUGCUGUAUAUGAGAACCAGCUAUUGGAGUACCUUGAGCAAUGGUCUACAAUUUGCCGAACUGCCUCCACAUGGAAUGAAACCAGACCAAAAUGAAUCCUGUCGCAUUAUUGGCUAUGGAGCAACCCAGCAUGCUGGACCGUGUCAGAAGAAACUAUUUGAGGCCGAAGUGCGGGUGAUUGAUCAUCAAAAGUGCCGGGAUAUAAUUGGACAUAUCUGGGCGCCUCAAAAUGGAGCGAAUACGGUGUGUGCCCUUGGAAACAAUCAGGAUUCCUGUCAAGGAGAUUCGGGGGGUCCCCUGAUUUGUCCUUAUGGCGGCAAGGACUAUAUCUACGGCCUGGUUUCCCACGGACUCACCUGCGGCAUCCAAGGAAUGCCGAGCAUCUACACGGUGACCAGACCCUACUACGAUUGGGUCCAACUGCUGACGCAGUCCUAGAUCUCUGGCGAUCACGUAUAAAUAGUAUAUUUAUUAUGCGAUAUCAAACAGAAAAACAGUUAUGAAUAUAUGCUUAAAGAAUGCAGG